AUGGAUCCUAUUUACAUUGGAUUACUUGUUCUGAGAUUUUUACUAGUUUUUAUACCACAGUAUGGAUAUAUACACCCAGAUGAGUUUUUCCAAACAACAGAAGUCAUUUCAGGUGAUAUAUUCAACAUUGAAGUAAACAAGCCAUGGGAAUAUACAGUACUUCCAAUAAGAAGUGUCUCAUUGAUAUACAUCUUUUUUGGGUUGCCACUGAAAUUUUUGAAACUUCUUGGAGAAUUUGAACCAGCAGUGAUUUCUCCAUACUGGAUUAUUGUGAUACCUCGUUUAGUAAUAGCAUCUCUAAGUCUGGUGUUAGAUUAUACUUUAUGCAAACUUUGCAGGUGUUUUGAUUUAAAUGAGCAGAUAGGAUUACGAUUAAUGGCAGCAUCUUAUGUUAUGCUGACAUACAUGACAAGAACAUUUACUAACAGUAUUGAGGCAGUACUGUUUGCUGUUUUAUUACUCCUGGUGUUUACAGAUAGAACUAUUAAAUUUUACGUCAAAUCCAAAUUUGAAGAGGAGGAAGAAGAGAAACAGGAAAAUCUGCAGCGAGUUUCAAUGAAAGAUUAUCGCUUUAAAAUAAUAAAACAUGCUGAAGCAAAAUUACACUACACAAAGUCAUUAACAACAACAUUUUAUGUGAAGGCCACUUUAAUUGGUAUUGUAGGAAUGGCUGGUAUGUUUAACAGACCUACAUUUGCCAUAAUGGCAUUGUUUCCAGCUUUGAUGUAUUGUGAGGCUAAACAAGAAAAGAUAACUACUCAUGCAGUGUUUGUUGGAGCAGGAGCAACAGUUUCAUUUAUAACACUUACUGCAGUUGAUACCCUUUAUUUUGGCGAAAAUUUCCAGGAGUUAUUGAGCCAGUGUGAUAAAGAAAAGACUUCAGUGUUGAUGUGUUUUUUUACAACGUUUCUUCGAUGGGUAGUUAUAACACCAUAUAAUUUCCUGUUGUACAAUAUGAAUCCACUUAAUUUAGCAGAACAUGGUAUUCAUCCAAGAUAUCUACAUUUCAUUGUCAAUCUUCCUCUUUUAUUUGGACCUCUAACUUUGCUUAUUUAUAAAAAACUUUUACAUCUUUCAGUACUGUUAUGGAGACAGGAGAAGUUUCACAAGAGUUACCUCCCAUUGGUUAUGCUUUUAAUACCAGUAAUACUGAUAUCAACAUUUCCACAUCAGGAACCUAGAUUUUUGUUACCCGUUUUACCUCUUGCAGUUAUGAUUGGAAUUGAACAAAUUCAGGAAAAAUCAAAGCUGAAGACAUUAUUUGUAUGUUUUUGUUUGUUUUUUAAUAUUAUUAUGACCCCUAUAUAUGGAUUUUUACAUCAGGGUGGAGUAAUACAAAGUUUAUUGCACAUUCAAAAGGAUCUAAAGUCUGGGACAUCUUUGUUUGAUAUACACGAUAAAUUUGUUUAUCACCGAACAUACAUGCCACCACAUUGCCUUCUGCUAAGCAGAACUUCAAAAUCACAAAUACUAGAUAUACAAGGUGGUAAUAUUCAACAUUUCUUGAAAAUAGUCCCUCAGAGAUUAUCUGAAAUAAAAGAUUUUCCAGAAAACAAAAAAUCAAGUAACAUUUAUGUAGUAACUCCAUCAGUUUUUGUAGAUGAAUUGAGAGAAAAUGGUGUAAAUUUUACAACUGUAACUGUUAUGUUUGGACAUUUGACUACUGAAGAUCCACCUAAUGUAGCAACUAUUUCAAAUAGUUCCAAGAAACAUCAAGACAUUAUAGAAAGAAUAAAAGAGUUUUUAAAUCAGAUGACAUUACAUAUCAUUAGAGUGCCAUAUGAAGAGUUUUUUGCAGAUUAAAAACUUUAUACUGAACAAUAUUAUUACUUCAAAUUCAGUGGAGAUUCACUUGUAUUUUUCUUAAAGAUAUUUUUGUUUUUAUUUUCCUAUUGUUUUAACAGCAGUCAUUUAAUUAAAAGAUUUAAUAAGACUUACAACGCACAGUUACCUUGAUAUUAUUGUAUUAAAAUAUCAAGAAAUCUCUUAUUAUACUGCAGACAUUUUUCAUAGGAGGGAACUGAUUUAAAAUAAAUCUUAUAUAAAAAGCCAA